CAAAAUUUAGGUUUUUUUGCCAUUAAAAUAAACAUAUUUUACUAAAAUUAUAUGUAUAUACUUCUAGAAAAAUUAUUUUGCGGCGUUGAAAAUUUUGCACAUUUAGCUUGUACCAAGCCAACUAAUGCGCACUAGAUGACGCACAGCGCACCAAAAUAUCCGGUGUUCGUUAUUUUCUUUUCAACACCAUUCGUAAAUAUUGUUGGUUUCCAUAUGAGUUUAAUUUCAGCUCGUUUUUUUUUUGCAUAGAACACAUGCAUUUGUAAUAAAUUACAAGAAACUACAAAUGGCUUUUACUGAAAUAAUGUUUCAUAUACGACGUUUUGUACACAAAAAUUCCCGACACGCAAAUCUGUUUCCAGAGAAAUUAUUCAACAAAAGGCAUAAAAUUCCCGCACAUUACUAUGUAGCUGAUGACCAAUUGGUUGAGCAAAUAGACAAUGCAAUUCAGCCUUUUAUGCAACAAACCAAAUGUGAUACCGCUAUUGAAAUGAAUCCAGGCAUUGGUUUAUUUACACGCAAACUACUGAAUCGUGAUGACCGUUUAAAAAAAAUCAUACUUAUAGAGACGAUGGAGCACUUUCUUCCUGGGCUGCAAGAUUUCCAUGCACUUUACCCGGAACGUGUCAAAGUGAAGCACAAUGACAUUGUGAGCUUAUGGAAGCUGUCAUUUCAAGACAGAAUGGACAAUGGCACCCGAGUUGCGGAUAUGCUAUCUGAUUUGCCAAAACGUGAACACAAUGAAGAUCCCAGCGCUUUAUUGUUUGGUGCCGUGGGCUGUUACAGUUUUUUCAAACAUAUUGUAAACUCCAUUAUUUUUCAAAAUGGUUUAUUCAGCUGGGGACGUAUGGAAAUGUUUCUUGCAAUACCACCACCCAUUUACAUACAUUUGACCUGCAGUAGUGACGUUGGCUAUAUGAUAUAUAGAUCAACAUCUAUGCUUUUUCAAAUGCUCUUUGAAUACCGCUUCAUCACGCGGUUACCACGUGAACAUUUCCUACCAAAUCAAAUUGAGUAUAAAAUCAGUAAAGGUAGCCGUCUGAAAAAGGUGCAAUCUAUUAGCCCCGAGUACUUAUAUUUGGUACGAAUAGUACCCCGUCGAGACUUCUUAGAUCUUUGUCCAUUCGCAGACCUGCAACCACUUUGGUACUUUGUCAAACAGAACUGUGUUAGCCGCCGGAAUCGAAUUAUUCCAAAUUUAGAAAAAUGGAUACCAGGCUGUGGACCACGUGUAAUAAUUAACAGUGUGCCUUCAGAGACAUUAAAGCCUCUUUAUCCAGAUGAGGCUAAUGUAAAGCUGCCACAAUACUCCACGCGUUGCACAACUAUGAGCAAUCGGGAUUUUUAUCCGAAUAUGAACAUUUACACACAAUUCGGUGAUCUAUCUGCAAGUCAAAUGCUGACAUUAUUCACACAAUUUCGAAAAUGGCCCGAAUAUAGUGAAAGUGCAUUCGUGGCAUCACUUGAGAAUGCUUUGUUGAAAAUGGAAGCAGCCGCAGAUGAAAACAUGGGCAUUAAGGAAGAGGAUGAUUUACCAAAUGAGGAGGCAACUUUUGAAGAUGUGAAAGAGACCGAAAGUAGCCAAACCAAGCCAAUUAAGAAAAAUAAGGGUAACGUUGCAGUGUCAAAUUAACACCGUUAAAGUCAUAUUGAAACUCAUACUAUAGUUGUAACUAAAGUAAAUUAUGCAUAAUUGAAAUUAAUGUUAAGAUAAAUUUCAAUAAUGCAUCAAGUAACUAUAAACUAUUAUUGUAAGUUCGUGGCAUUCUAUCAGGAUUUCAUUUUGUUUUAACGCUGUGCGUACAAGUGCCUUCUAUCGACCGUUGCGAGCCACGUGCACACAAAUCAACUUUGCUCAGAUCAUAAUCCGGUUCAUCAUCACCCAGCAGGCUGACGCGCGUCCUCACAGAAAUCGACAACUUAAUGCAAUCUAACAACAAUGUCGUCGUAUUAACACCCAACACGUACGACAAAUGAGCAUUUUGACAUGGCCCAGAACUGCCAAUCUCAUAGCAGACAUUAUUAAUUUUAACCAAUCCAUCUACUUUACACGUAUUCUUUAUGCAUUGGGGUAAAACUGCAUUGGGUGCUAAAACGAGCAUGUACUCGGCUUCACAGGGACCACGCCGGAAGGCGGAAUGACAGGAAUCCGAGUCGGGAUAGUACAAUGCAGCUAAGAAAAAAAGCAUUUGCAUUGAAAUCGGUAACUAAAUUCUAAGAACGAGAUUAACUUACCUGGUGCACAAUCGCAAAUCCAGUCAUCAUCAUGAUCUCCGGGAUAAAGCAGCUCAUUAGACUUACAGCGCGAUGGAGAGUAAUGCGGAAUGCGACCCUUUUAAAAAGGAAAAUCUCUUUAAGUAAUAUUUUCUGUUUAAUUUCGAAGAAGCUCAAAUUCUUAUCAUUAAUUAUGUAUGUAGUUGUGUUUACAUGUAAUAAUAUUUAGAAAUAGAUUCUUAUCAGCAUGUUCGUGGGUUAUUCCGAUUUACAGCAAAUCAAAGGUAACAAUUCAAAUUUGUCAUUGAAAAGGCACGCCCGAAUGUAUUAGAUGUGUAAUGAAUUAAAAUUGAAUUUGAGAAUUUCUAAAGAAUCACUUAAAGCAGUUAGUUUCGUUGCAGAAAAUUAUGACCUCGAAUGUUUUACUUUUUCUACCAUGAAGAGGGUAUUUUUAGUUUGCUACAUAUAUAUACCUAUAUAUAUAUAUUCAGCAUGACGAGUUGACACGAUUUAGCCAUUUCCAUCUGUCUGUCCGUCUGUAUAUAUACGAGCAAGCCCGUUGCACACGUCCUUUUCUUCCCAAGAAGCUGCUCAUUUGACGGAGCCGCUUCUCUUACAAACGCUCUUACAUUAUUCCCCGAUCACGCAAAAGUAAAACAAACGCAUCAAUUAAACAAUAUGUACACAUAUAUACAUACAUAUUUACAUAUAUGAUAACCCGAAUGUAAGCUUUGUAUUGUGCUGUAGAUAUAUCACGAAUUCAUUAAAAACAUCAAUUCAUACUCACUGCCGCGUUUGACUUCUCCUUUUCCAAUAGAAUAGGUUCUGGAUAUACUACUUCUGUAGAGGUCUGUAGGAUCACAGUGGCAGCGUAAAAUACAAAAACAAAUAUGACACCUUUCAUUUUCUUUAUAAAAUUAAUUUCAAUAUUUCUCAAAAUUGUCGAAAUGGGACUAUUGAUAGCAGAAAUAAGUUAACAAAAAUACACGAAACACUGUAGACAAGAUUGUUUGCAUUUAUGUCGUCUGCCCUACACGACGCUCGUUGAUAAACAAAAGCGAAGUUUGGCGAAAGCCAGCCUUACACUCAGACAAUAAACCAAAAUCAAAUGAAAUUAUACAGCUUCAACUUAAAAAGAUCCCCCAAUUGGAUGCGCGUCGAGAGAGAGAUAACAAAAUCACAAACAUACAUCAGUUCGCACAGUAAGCAAAGACGUGCUAAGCAACAAGUUAAGAGCAAAAACUUGUUAAUCAGAGGAAUUUUAUUAGUACAGAACUUGAGUAUUUGGUUUAAUAAUUUGAUAAAUAUACCUUAAUAUUAUAUUUUGUAUAGCAAA